AUGAAGUUGGUACUGCUCAUUUUGGCAGCCCUUGCUUCGGCCAAAUCGAAACGAUCACCUAUCAAUAGAUUGAACAAAAUCAAAAAGCAAGCCUUCGCCUUCCUUGAUGGAACAUUCAAGCAGCGCGUGGCCGAACAUUGGAAGCCGAAAUUUGAACGAUUUAUUGAAGGAACGAAGCGUCGGGCGAUCAAAUGUGGUAUUCCCGCUGGAAGAACUAAACGCGGAGUUGACGAGAUGCUGAUGCCAAUUUUGAGCAGGACCAGACGAGCACCGCCAAAGAGUGCAGCUGAAAGACGCAUCAAAUCGUUGUCCAAUUCCGCUAGUCGCUGGGAGAAGCGAUAUUUGAAGGAUUGCAAACGAAAUCGAACGAGAGAACAAACUAAGCGCGGCCAAACCUUUUACGCUCGUCUUCGUGAACGUCUUGUGACUCACAAAAAAGCUCCGGCAUCCGAGUAA